UCUUGGAUGGGAUAUUGGCGACCACGCAUUGCAAAGAGUGUACCUAUUCCAAGAAGCAACUUCCGCAUUUUAAACCCAGAGCUUGUUAGACACACUGCAUUUGAUCUAGUGAAAUUUCCUACACAUGGUGGAAGGAAUUACAAGAAUGUUCCAACAAUGGGCGCCAUUUCAAUUGUAGCUGCACUCAGUGUAUGUGAUAUGGUAUCCGUCGCCGGGUUCGGUUACGAUCCAAAUAGACCAGAUUCCAGAGUACAUUAUUAUGAAGAUAUGAAGAUGGAUACAGCAUUUGUGUUAUCAACCCAUGAUAUUUAUGGUGAAAAACAAUUCUUGCGAGACUUAGUGAAAUAUGGUAUUAUCAAGGACCUGACAGGGGGAAUAAUGAAGUAG